AUGGGCACCCAAGCCACAUACCUCCCCCCAUCUCUCAGUACUGAGACAAUAAGAACAUUGAUCACUUCGCUCGAUCUACCAACCCCCACAUCCAUCAAACCACUUCAAGUCCGAGCAGCCUUCCACACCAUCUACCUCAUCACCUUCCCACCCUCAUCCAACAUCACCGCACGCUCAAAUCCCAAUGGCACAAUCACCCUCGUCCUGCGCGUCUCCGGCCGCCAACUGCCGGAUAUCAAAACCCGCAACGAAGUCGGAGUCAUGACCUGGGUGCGCCGAAACACGACGAUCCCCGUCCCCGCAGUGCUACGCUUCGACAACUCAGAAGAGAACCCCAUUGGGCAUGAGUUCACGCUCCUGGAGAUGGCGCCGGGCGUCAGUGUCGACCAGAUCUACGACAAAUUGUCCGAUGAGGAAAAGACGUCGCUUGUCCGACAGUUAACGGACUAUCUCAUCCAGCUGCAUGCGAAGCCUUGGGAUGAGGGGUAUGUGGGCGGUCUUAAGCUAAGCGAAGGAAAAGUCACGCGUGGGCCACCGAUUGAUGAGAACUUCUGGCAGAUGCCUGACCUGCAGAAGUACUGGUUUGAAUCUGAACUUCCAACCAAAGAGACGCUGGAGACGCUCAACCCCAUUUCCCCGGACGGAUUCUCCCGCUAUGUCGACUACACCAUUGGGUGUCUGGAGCGGUACAUCCACGCGAUCGAAGUCCAUCCCUCACUCGAGACGUAUAGAGACAUGAUACCUCGUAUCCGCGCCUUCAUCACACAGCUCCAAAAAGAAGAGAACACCUCCGACCUGAACCAUGUCACCUACGUCCUCGCCCACAAAGAUCUGCACUUCGCAAACAUCAUGUGCGCCCCCUCCCAACCCGGCUGUCCCAUCACCGCCGUACUAGACUGGGAAUUUAGCGGGGUUGUGCCAGCACCGCGGUGGAAUCCGCCACGCGCGUUCCUGUGGAAUAUGAAAUGGGCACCGGAGGAUAAGGCGGAGCAAUCGCGGAUGGAAGGGUUGUUUGAGAAGAUUUGCCUAGAGAAGGGCGCGGGCCAUCUACUUGAGGAGAUGACGUUGAAUGAUAAGCAAGAGCAGAUGCAGACGGCUGUUAACCAUAUUAGGGCUAUUGUGGAGGUUUGUCCGAGGGGUCAGGCGGGGGAUAAAGUUGGGAAGUGGAGGGAGGUUGCGGAGAGGGCGAUGGAUGCUUUUACCUAG